AUGGCCGUCCGAGUCCUCGCUGCCGUGGCCAUUGCCGCCGUCAGCGUGCAUGGGCAGAGCUGGCCGCCCGCGAACCAGUGCUCGGCCGCCGGCUUUGCCACGUGGGCGACGCAGUGCCCGAGCCUCUUGGCCACCAACGCGCCGACCAAAGUGACGCAGCCGCAGACAGGCAGCCUCAAGGCGACGAACCUCUCGACGCUCGACACGCUCGACCAGGCGCGCGUCGUGCUGCAGGGCCGCUCGGCCGUGCAGGCCAUGGACGGCCUCCGGUCCGAGUCGGCGUCCUGGUACAAUACGUCGCUGACAAACAUGAUGAUUGCAUUCUGCCACCUCACGUCGACGGCGGCCGAUCUCACGCGCUGCGUGCCCAACACGAGCACGAACGCGGCGCGCGACCGCAACAACGCCUGUAUCGUCGUCCCGGGCAAUGGCUCGUGCGCGGCGCUUCCCGGGCAAUGCGAGCGCCUCGCCAACUGCCUCUGGCCCACGCCCAACCCCAGCAUUAGC